UACUCAUAAAAGAUUCCUGGCUGGCAGGCCAGGCAGUGGCUAAUUAGUUAGCUACAAUACGACAGCAGGCUUAACCAGGUCAAUCCGGCCUGUGGAUCAACUUCAACAUUUCUCCAUUUUCUACCCACACAGACCAACGCGGCGUGCGAGCAGAUGCUCUAGAUCGCACACAUUUGCGCGUCUUUUAGUGCAGUUUGCAUUGCAUCUAGGUAGUUUCGUACAGCUCCGUGCUACAGAAAGCGCUUCCCAGCAUCAGGAGAGACACCUGGAUUUUAGCUGCAAAAAGCCUGCACUGCAAGACAGCACCUGGGUUUACAAAUAAAAUUGUAGUUUGGACAAACAGAAGUCUCUCAAUCUGUCUGCAGAAUGGCGAGACCUUCAAGGAAUAAAAGGGUGGUUGACUAUGCACAAUUCCAAGAGUCUGACGAUGCAGAUGAGGAAUAUGCAAAAGAAUCGGAACGACCUGAGAAAACAUCUGUAAAACGCAGUGAUGAUUCUCGAAUCAAGGAUCACAAGAAGGAUUUAAGUGAUGAUGACAAUGACAAUGACUAUGGGGAGGAUGAGGAAGAGGAUGAUGAUGGUGGUGACAGUGAUUUUGAUGCUAAAGAGGCCAGCAAGGGGAGACAAGCAACAGCUAAACGGAAAAGGGCUGCAGAUGACAGUGACGAUGAGGUAAAAGUUGUGAAGAAGAAGGGUCGGCAGGUGCGUCAGGCUGCCACUAAAGCUGCGUCCAAACAGAGGGAGAUUCUUCUUGGGGACGGAGGAAGUGAGGAUGAGGAAGGAGGGGAAGAGGAGGAAGAAGAUGACAGUGACGUUUACACUGGCGAGGACUCAGGCAGCGAUGAGGACUUUAUGGUUGAGGACGAUGAUGACGACAGUGAUUAUGGCCGACCCAAACGGAAGAUCUCAAAAGUGACCAGGAGAAGCAAAGACAAGAAAUCGCCUAAACCCAAGCUAAGGGCUUCAGUGACCCGAGGGCCCAAGAAGAGGAGAGGAAAACGUCAGACGAAGGUUAAGAGAGUUGUGAAAAAGGCCUCGCCUAAAGCCAAAGAUGAAGAUAUCGAGAGCAACAAGGAGGAGGAGGAAGAGGACGAGGCAAAAAAGGAAGACGGGAAAGAGUCGCCCGCCCCGAAGAAGACGCAGGAUGACGAAAGUGGCGCAGAAGGGGAGGAAAACAAUGACAACGGAGAAAAGGAGGAAGAGGAGGAGGAGGAGAAAGAGAAUGAGAAAGAGAAAGAGGAAAAAGACGAUGUUUCUGAGGAGGAAGCUCCAUCAGGUGAAGACUGAGCUCUUUCGCCUGCUGGUGAACGUGUCUGUUAUCUGUUUUUCUUAAUGAGGAGCAGUAGAAUUUAUUUCCCACGAUACUCAAAGAGUGUUUUGGAUGUUUGUUAUGUCUCUCAGCUUGUAAAUACCAUAUCUCCGAACGAAAUCUGUAAAGUAUCAUCAGAGCUAUUCUAAAACUGUACGGUUUGGCCUUAUCCCAAAAUGCGGUCUUUCAUAGUAAUCACUAAUCAAUGUUUCAAUUAUAGCUUUGCAACGUAUUUGCCGAAACCGUUUUGUUAUAACAAAGGAUGAAAAUGACGUGUCCAAAAAAUACAGAUUAUACUGUAGGCUCUGUACUUCACUUUAUGGGCACCUUCAUUUAAAAAAAAAAAAAAACGCAUUUGAAGAAGAAAC